CGGGCGGCAGGUGCUGGCCGCGGGGUGCUGCGCUCUCCUCUACGCCCCCCUUCCGCUCUGCCCCCCGCGCCGGGCCGCUCGGCGCUCCGCUGACGGCCAGCUCCGGGCCGCCGCUGCCACCACUGCCACCGCCGGGGACUGCCAGUGGGCCCAGGUGCUGUCAGCGAGCUAGAGCCAUGGGGUCGGAAGCGCCGAGCCCGCAGAACCCUGGCUGCAAGAUCAUGACCUUCCGCCCCAGCCUGGAGGAGUUCCGGGACUUCGGGAAGUACAUUGCUUACAUGGAGUCCCAGGGAGCCCACCGAGCGGGGCUGGCCAAGGUGAUUCCUCCUAAAGAAUGGAAGCCUCGGAAGACCUACGACGACAUCGAUGACAUGGUGAUCCCAGCCCCCAUUCAGCAGGUGGUGACUGGGCAGUCAGGGCUCUUCACCCAGUACAACAUCCAGAAGAAGCCCAUGACUGUGGGAGAGUACCGGCGGCUGGCCAACAGCGAGAAGUAUUGUACUCCACGCCAUCAAGAUUUUGAGGACUUGGAGCGCAAGUACUGGAAGAACCUCACAUUUGUCUCUCCAAUUUAUGGGGCUGAUAUCAGUGGCUCACUGUAUGAUGCAGAUGUGGAAGAAUGGAAUAUUGGCAACCUGAACACCCUCUUGGACAUGGUGGAACACGAGUGUGGCAUUAUCAUAGAAGGUGUGAACACUCCCUACCUCUACUUUGGGAUGUGGAAGACCACAUUUGCUUGGCAUACAGAGGACAUGGAUCUCUACAGCAUCAACUACUUGCAUUUUGGGGAGCCAAAAUCCUGGUAUGCCAUACCUCCAGAGCACGGCAAGAGGCUGGAACGCCUGGCAAAAGGCUUUUUUCCAGGCAGCUCUCAGGGAUGUGACGCUUUCCUCCGUCACAAGAUGACCCUCAUUUCCCCUUCCAUCCUGAAGAAAUACGGCAUCCCCUUCGACAGGAUCACCCAGGAAGCUGGAGAGUUUAUGAUUACAUUUCCCUAUGGUUACCAUGCUGGCUUCAAUCAUGGCUUCAACUGUGCUGAGUCCACCAACUUUGCCACUCUGAGAUGGAUUGACUAUGGGAAAAUGGCAACCCAGUGCACUUGCCGCAAGGACAUGGUGAAGAUCUCCAUGGACGUCUUCGUCAGGGUCCUGCAGCCGGAGCGCUACGACCUGUGGAAGCAGGGCAAAGACAUUGCUGUCCUGGACCACAUGAAACCCACAGCUCUCACCAGCCCUGAGCUGGAUGCCUGGAAUGAGACAAAGGCAGACCUGAAGGCUAAAUUGCUUCGCAGGAUAGGAGAUGAGGAAGAGGACAAGCAGCACCGGUCUCACAGAAAGAGAAGUCAACCCAGAAGACACAAGACAGAGGAUCAGAAGUCUCUUGGGGAUGUCAUGGCUAUGGAGACUGCCUUGGAAGAUGUGAAAGUAAAAGAGGAGCUGAAGAGAGGGCCUGAUCUAGAGGAAGAGGAGAGAAGCAAAGUGAUGGAGGGAGAAGGUGACUGCAAGGUGAAGGCUCGUCCUCCGAAGGUAAAAGGUGAGAGGAAGAAGAAGCACCUUUUCCACCAGCACCACCUGCAAGCACCUCAGCCCCCUCUGCAGCCCCAGCAGCCUCCACUCCCUGCCCCCCAGCAGCAGCUGGCAGAGGAGGAGGCGCCAGCAGCACGGCCGCCGGUCCCCAGCGCGGUCCCCACCUCCUCCUGCGCCGACAAGGGCCUGGUCCCAGCGCCCCUGAACGUCGUCCAGCCCUCGGAGGCGGCCGCCGAGGAGGACGACUUCAAGCCUCGGCCCAUCAUCCCCAUGCUCUACGUGGUGCCACGCAGCAAGAAGGUGGUGUUUGACAAGGAGCACAUGUCCUGCCAGCAGGCCUUCGAGCAGUUUGCCACCAAGAAGGGCCCUGCCUGGCGGCAGCCAGCCCUCCCCGUGGACAUCCCCCUGAAGGAGGAGGAGAACGGAGAGGCGGAAAACCCCCAAGUGGCUGCAGAGGUCAGUGGUCUGCAGACUGCUUCUGCCUUCUCCAAACUGAAGAUGGAGAUCAAGAAGAGUCGCCGGCACCCGCUGGGCAAGCCCCCGACCCGCUCCCCGCUCUCGGUGGUCAAACAGGAGACCUCCAGCGAUGAGGAAACAUUUCCAUUUUCUGGAGAGGAAGAUAUGAGUGACCCAGAGGCUUUGAAGUCUUUACUUUCCCUCCAGUGGAAGAACAAAGCACCAAAUUUCCCAGCAGAGCGAAAAUUCAACGCAGCUGCUGCCCUGAGUGAGCCAUACUGUGCUGUCUGCACCCUCUUCUACCCCUACAACCAGUCCUUACAGCCAGAGAAAGAAGCUGUCCCAGUCUCUGCAGGGGAGACCACCUCUUUUGUCCACCUCUCCAAGUGUGGACAAAAGACCAAGCCUCUGAUCCCAGAGAUGUGCUUUACCUCAAGUGGAGAAAACACAGAGCCCCUUCCUUCAAAUUCCUAUAUUGGAGAGGAUGGAACCAGUCCCUUGAUAUCCUGUGCCAAAUGCUGCCUGCAGGUUCAUGCUAGCUGUUAUGGAAUACAUCCAGACUUGGUGAACGAAAGUUGGUCUUGCUCGCGGUGCUCAGCCAAUGCCUGGGCAGCAGAAUGCUGCCUGUGUAAUCUCAGGGGAGGAGCUCUUCAGAUGACCACAGAUGGGAGGUGGGUCCAUGUAAUCUGUGCUAUUGCUGUCCCCGAGGCUCGUUUUGUCAGCAUCAUAGAGCGUCAUCCUGUGGACAUCAGUGCUAUUCCAGAGCAGAGAUGGAAACUGAAAUGUGUCUACUGUCGGAAGAGGAUGAAGAAGGUGUCUGGGGCCUGCAUCCAGUGCUCCUACGAGCACUGCUCCACCUCCUUCCACGUCAGCUGCGCGCACGCGGCCGGCGUGCCCCUGGAGCCGGACGACUGGCCCUACGUGGUGUCCAUCACUUGCUUCAAACACAAAGCAGCUAACCAGAGUAUCCCCUUCCGGCGGGAGGUGGCCCUUGGGCAGACUGUGAUCACCAAGAACCGCAAUGGGCUCUACUACAGGUGUAAGGUGAUUGGCACCACCACACAGACCUUCUAUGAAGUCAACUUUGAUGAUGGGUCAUACAGUGACAACGUUUACCCAGAAAGCAUCAUUAGCAGAGACUGCAUCCAGCUGGGACCUCCUUCAGAAGGUGAGAUGGUUCAGCUGCAGUGGACAGAUGGAAUCGUCUAUAAGGCCAAGUUUAUUGCAGCCCAGAUCAGUCAGAUCUACCAGGUGGAGUUUGAGGAUGGUUCUCAGUUAAUGGUGAAACGUGGAGACAUCUACACCCUGGAGGAGGAGCUGCCCAAGAGGGUGAAGUCACGCCUGUCCCUCAGCACUGGGGCCCCUCAGGAAGAGGUUUUUUCGGGAGAUGAAGUGAGAGCAGCCAAGCGUCCCCGGCUGGGGAAUUCCAGGAACCCGGAAGAGUAUGGACAGACCCCGGAUUACUUGGCCUUUAUGGAGAGCCUGCUGCAGACACAGUACCAGCCUGGAUCUCAGAGCAACAUGUUUUAACCAGGAUUCAUGCAAAAAAACCCAACCAACGACCCCCAGAAUUACUCAAUUAACCCUUUUCAAGCCUGCAGAGGAAGAACCAGGGAACUGUGGAACAGAAGGAUCAGCCUUGUGCAAUAGCCUGCUGGGGAUUUCUUUCAUCUCCUCUUGGUUUGGACUGCAAGAAAACCCUGUCUGGCUGCACGCUACCUCUCCUUUGCCAGACAUUUCUGACCCUUCAGAAAGCUGA